GACCCAAAGAUUUUUUACCUUAAAAGAGAACAAAAUCUUGUAGUGCAUUAAUCAAAUACCCAAACGCUGGGUAUACAUAUCAUACAAUGGGAUCAAACUAGUAACGAAGAACAUCACCAACAUGUUGUUGGUUGUGUAAAGGAGAAACAUGAACGUUGGAAUACUUUGUAUAACCUAUCACACAAAGGGGAGAAAGAAGCAGACACCCAAAACAUGGACGGAAACACUUCGCCAAAUCGAAGAAGAGACAACUUUUGCUCCAACGACUCACACUCUAGUCGCGACAGAAUUGGACAAAAAGUAAGGAGGAAGGGAUUGUUAGGAAUCACGAAUCUUCACAAUGGUAUGGUAUUGUCCACUUUGAGCAUAAGUUCUCGUGGCUUUGUUUUGGAAUUCCAAGGCCUUGUACCAAUGUAGAUGUAUUCCUUGCCUAAGUUAAUAUGAGACUCCCUCUCAACAAUUCUCAACACGAAGAUCCAAGCAUGAGAUGAUGAGAAAAAUCAAGUGAGGGACAAUCAGAAAAUGGGAGGAAGAAAGAUUAGUCUAGGGAGUCGAGUUGAGCCGAGCCAAGCCGAACAGCACGCCAAGCUUGAAUGAAGAGAAGACGUGGUGCACCUAAGUUUAUAAUGCACUCACCACUUACAUAGAUUCAUCAAGAAUCAUUUGAUGAAUGGAGACUCUAGUCAAUAAAAGCUAUAAUGCUCCAAACACCACCUUCAUUAUUUGACUUCGAUUUGGACUAUAUCCCUUUCAAGUUCAUCCAUCUAUUAUCCUCCCGACCAUACCUGUCCCCCAUUUCCUCCAUGGCUCCAAAUCUCAAACUCUCAUGCCUCCUCUUCCUUCUCAUUUUCUUCAUCUCCAUCGCCAUUUCUGUUGCACAGCUCUGCAACCCAGCUGACAAAAAAGUCCUCCUCACCAUCAAAAAAGCCUUCAACAACCCCUACCUCCUCUCCUCUUGGGAUCCCAAACAGGACUGUUGUACCUGGUACUCUGUCGACUGCCACCCGACCACCCACCGUGUCAUCUCCCUCAUCAUCCUCGCCGACGACAAAAUCUCCGGCCAAAUCCCACCGGAAGUCGGUGACCUUCCGUUCUUACAAACCCUCAUGCUCCACAAGCUGCCAAAUCUCACUGGACCCAUCCAACCCACCAUAGCCAAUCUCCGCCACCUCAAAUCCCUCGACCUCAGCUGGAACAAUCUCUCUGGCUCUCUCCCAAGCUUCCUCGGCUCCCUCAAAAAUCUCACCCUCCUCAACCUUUCCUUCAAUAAUCUCACCGGAACAAUCCCAAGUUCUCUCUCCCAGCUCCCGAAUCUCGGCUCUCUCCAUUUGGACAGAAACAAGUUAACAGGACAAAUCCCGGACUCUUUUGGGUACUUCGAGGGAGAGAUUCCUUACCUUUAUCUUUCCCACAACGAACUUUCCGGCAAACUUCCAGCUUCCUUGUCUAAAAUGGAUUUCAAUGUCAUUUCUUUGUCGAGAAACAGGCUUGAAGGCGGCGCGUGGAUGUUAUUUGGUGCAAACAAGACGACCCAGAUCGUUGAUUUGUCGAGGAAUCUGUUUGAGUUUAACUUGUCGGAGGUUGUGUUUCCCCGGAGCUUGACUACGCUGGAUCUUAACCAUAAUAAGAUCUUUGGGAGUAUUCCGGUGGCGAUGACGGGACUGACUUUUCAAUUGAAUGUCAGUUAUAAUAGGCUGUGCGGCGAGAUUCCGGUGGGCGGCCGCUUGCAGAGCUUUGAUUUGAGUUCCUAUUUUCAUAAUAAGUGUUUGUGUGGGGCGCCACUUAGUAGCUGCACAAGAUGAAGGAUGUAUUUAAUAUUUAUGUACUUUGAUCUAUUGUCCGUCCUCGGCCCCGUUUGUUUAUCAAACGCAAGAAAAUACUAAAAGAGGAAUUCCUUUUAUGAAUUAUAAAUCUUCACAAUGAUAUGAUAUUGUCCACCUUAAGUAUAAAAUCUCAUUGUUUUUCUUUUGA